CGCCUCCCUCCUCUCCAGCCAUCCAGCCGUCGCCUCACCAACUCCCCUUGUCUCGGUUAGCGUGGAGAGAGAAAGGGAGGGGGGAGAGAGAGAAGUCAAGCCACCACAAGCCGGAGCCGAGAACAGCUCAACAGCAGGGAGGCCGAGGAAAAGGGGAGGCGUGGGAGGGCCGCCCUCGAGGGAGCCAGAGCCAGCCACCCCCAACGCUGCUGCCGUACGCGGAGCGAAAGCCUGCAUCUGGAUCAGGCGUCCCCUUCGCGCCGCUCCCCGCUCUCUCCGUCGCCACCCGGGCCGCCGCCGAGCGGAGAUCCGCCCCGGGCCUGGGCGCAGGCUUGUCUCUGCCUUCCCUGGUACAAUUCGUUGAUUACCUCCUAAAUUCUCCAUCCCCGUUUUCACAUGAGUAGAAGGGACAGAAAGUGCAGCAGUUGUGACUAAAGGCUCGUGCUUUUGAGUAAUUCAGGAGGGAUACAUGCGUAACAAAACCCUGAUUCUGGAAUGGUGUCCAGUCGAAGGAACAGCGGGAUUAUUGUACGGGAAGGGUCGGUUAGGGACUGGUCUGAGUUCAAUGAUCCUUCACCGUCUCCAAAACUGCUGUAUUCACAGUCCUAUGUUGCAAUGAGGGGGUUGCUGGCCUCAGUGGUAUCCUUGGAUUUUUUCCUGUUAUCAAGCAAGCUAAAAUCUGCAUGGGCUGGUAUGACGUCCCAGAGGCAUAUUCGAUCUCAGGAGAGAUCGAAAUCAAGGGGAUUGAACUGCAAGAGAGUUGUGUUUCAUCUGUUAUUGUGUUUCAUGGUUGGCAUUUUCAUUGGAUUCAUGCCAUUCUUCUCGGUUGAUGUUUAUAAGAAAAUUGUCUCUGAAAAUGAGAGGCUUCCGUUCCAUGAGAGUGUGGUUGAGACGGAGAUGAUGGACACUAAAGUUAAGGAGUUGGAGACAGUUGUAGUAGAGAAAGAGGUUGAACUGAUUGAUGAACCAGAAGUUGGAGAGAGCCCUCCAGUUCCUGCAAUGUUGGAUGAUGAGGCAGAUUUUGCUGAAUCAACACGUGUAUUACCUGCUAUUGAAGAAUCCGAUAUCACUGUGAAGAAGCUGCUGAUAAUUGUGACAAUUACUUCUGUUCGGCCACAACAGGCAUACUACUUGAAUCGGCUAUCCCAUGUUUUGAAAGCUGUACAAGCACCUCUUCUGUGGUUAGUGGUGGAAUGGCCUGAACAGUCCUAUGAAACAGCAGAAAUUUUGAGGUCUUCUGGGGUUAUGUACAGGCAUCUUAUAUGUAGAAAGAAUACUACAAGUGUGCGAAAGAUUGCUGUCUGUCAAAGGAAUAAUGCAAUCUAUCAUGUCAAAAAGCAUCACCUGGACGGUAUAAUGCAUUUUGCCGAUGAAGAGCGGUCAUACUCUGCUGAAGUAUUUGAAGAAAUGCAGAAAAUCAGACGCUUUGGCUCAUGGCCUGUAGCAAUCCAUGUCGGAACUAAGUAUAGGGCAGUUUUGGAAGGCCCUAUUUGUAAAGGUAGCCGAGUCACUGGAUGGCACACGGUCCAGACAGUUCAGAAGAAGAGUAUGACUCGUCGAUUCCCGAUAGGUUUCUCUGCGUUUGCUUUCAACAGCACAAUGUUAUGGGACCCUCAGAGAUGGAACCGCCCAGCUAUGGAUUCUGUUAUAGUCCACUCAGGUGGAAGAGGUGGUUUGCAGGAAUCGAGGUUUAUAGAAAAGCUUGUUAAAAAUGAGCGCCAAGUAGAGGGCCUUCCAGACAACUGCAACAGGGUUAUGGUCUGGAACUUUAACCUGGAACCUCCUCAACUAAACUAUCCCACAGGCUGGGCACUGUAUAAGAACCUAGAAGCCGACAUGCCUGUAAUAUAGUUUCUUGCUGCUGCACUUUCUCAGCGAGCCAGAAGCACCAAGGACGUUUCCAGUGUCACAAUGGUUCUAAAUCUCGACUCCCUGUUGUUACCAGAUGUCAGAACUCCAGUAAGGAUGCUGGAUGAAGCCACCUGAGCAGGUUGCUCCAAAGAUUACAUGGAUAUUAUGUGCUGAGAUCUGCCUUCAGUAAUUUAGAUCUGUUGCAGGGCCAAUGAAAUCAGGAUUUUUUUUUCCCUCCUCUUUCUUUUGUGUAUUCCUUUUAUGCUCUUUAUUAUUUUUUUCUCUCCUUUUAUAUUGACCAGCUAGAUACAGCAUGUAGAGUAUUUUUUUUAGGUUCUUCUGUUUUUGCAUGUGUUACCUUCUUACAGAUGUAAAAGCUCGCAUACAUUGCAACUGUUUAAGAGCAAAGGCAAAUACCGUCUUGAUACAUGAAGAGAUUCAAAAAAAUCAUUUA